GUUUCAUUUUACUCGCGAAUUUGGUCUACGAGCUCCCGGGAACAACAGAAGAGGACGCGGCAGCUAUUUUUUGUUCUGUCCCGCUCUUCAAAAUACUUUUGAUGUGUACAGUGACGCCCGGAUUUAAAGUCGGCGAAGUGGGAAUAUGAGAGCUGGUUAGUUUGAGCUGUAAACAGGUGGCCGACAAUACCGAUCAUGCAGCAUCCUUUGGACAUUGGGGCGCUUUACUGUCCUGCGGAAAUUCAGCCCGAUCACGGGACGCAUCGCUACCGGAGUUUCAUGAUUGAAGAGAUUCUCACUGAUCACCAUCCUGAACACAAAGUUGGGGCUCCGACUCGAGAGCUCCUUAAAUUCGGAGUACACGCGCUCCUCUCCACUCGUGCAUUCCGUAACCAAAUGGCGUUAAAGGCUGACCAGACUAACCUUGUGAAGUUCCCCUUAUCCCCGCUGCCCUGCACACUGAGCUCCCCGUUCGGCUCGCCACUACUAUCGGCGGCCGCAAACCUUCAUGUCGGCGUGCCAUCGCACCACCUGCCUCUUGACCCUCACCUCCGGGGAAAAUUGGACCAUGGAUCUGACGGAACCGGCAAAAGCAAGAAGGGCCGCCGAAGUCGAACCGUGUUCACCGAAUUACAGUUAAUGGGACUAGAAAAACGCUUCGAGAAGCAGAAAUAUCUGUCCACCCCUGAUAGAAUAGACCUCGCGGAGUCUUUGGGUCUCAGUCAACUCCAAGUCAAAACGUGGUACCAGAACAGAAGGAUGAAAUGGAAGAAAAUUGUGCUGCAGGGGGGAGGUUUGGAGUCACCAACUAAACCAAAAGGCCGUCCAAAGAAGAAUUCAAUUCCGAGCAAUGAGCAACUCUCUGCAACUCUGCCCAAAAAAUCAAAUUCUGCUACUGAACGCCAGGCGGAAUGCUCGAGCUCUCAUUCCAAGAACACUCAGUCGGAAGGACUUCAUUGAUUCGUUCGAGCCCAGCGACACGAAUUCAGAAUUCGAAUGCUGUGUUAAAGAAGCUGGAGUUUUGGUGCCUUCUUUUUCAACAAAAAUCUCAGGACAACCUGAGCUGUACAACAUAUAUUGUCUUCUUUUAAAACAAAAAUCUCAGGACAACCUGAGCUGUACAACAUAUACUCCAGCAAAGU